CUCCGGGCCGCGGCAUGUUCGGCUUCACUGACAAGCUUCAAUCGAGCCUCGGUCUUCAGCCGUGCCCAAUUCCGGUUCCGGCGUGACCGCGCGAGCGCACCCUUGAGGACGCCAAUUUAUAACUUCGUCGUUCCUUCCUUCCUCCUGCAGCUCCGAGCACCGGAAUCGAGCAAAGCAUCCCGCGCGUGCGCCGCGUCACGCUUCCCCCGCUUCAUAAUAUUCCCUCCCCUCCGCCUGCCCCCCCCGACCCCGAUCCCUCGCCUCGGCCGUCAGCUCCGCCCCUCGGCUUCCGAAGCGCCACCGCGGCCGCCGCCUCAUCAUGGCGCUGCCCUACCUGGAGGCCGUGCUUUGCUUUAUGAUUCUCAUGUACAUAUUUGAGACAUAUCUUGACAUUCGUCAGCAUAGAGCCCUCAAGCUGCCAACUUUGCCAAAACCCCUGCUGGGAGUAAUUAGUGAUGAAAAAUUUGAACGCUCUAGAGCUUAUAGUCUUGACAAAAGCUACUUCCAUUUUGUUCAUGAGGCUGUGACUAUUUUAAUGGAUACCACAAUACUGUACUAUAGAGUUCUUCCCUGGUUUUGGAAGAAAUCUGGAGAGUUAGUUACCAAUGUUGGGCUGAAUGCUGAGAAUGAGAUAAUACACACCCUUGCAUUCUUAGCUGGUGCCAUGGUUUGGUCACAGAUUACAGACUUGCCGUUCUCUCUUUAUUCAACUUUUGUUAUAGAGGCUCGGCAUGGUUUUAACAAGCAAACUAUAUGGCUCUUCAUUAGGGAUAUGAUCAAAGGAAUUUUACUAUCCAUGAUAUUGGGGCCACCAAUUGUUGCUGCUAUCAUCUACAUAGUACAGAUUGGAGGACCUUACCUGGCUAUUUAUCUCUGGGGUUUUAUGUUCGUAUUAGCUCUUCUGAUGAUGACAAUAUACCCAAUUGUGAUAGCUCCUCUGUUCAACAAGUUCACUCCUCUUCCUGAAGGAGUCCUCAGGGAGAAAAUAGAGAAGCUGGCAGCUUCCCUCAAGUUUCCUUUGAAAAAGCUUUUUGUGGUAGAUGGGUCUACCAGAUCAAGCCACAGUAAUGCCUACAUGUAUGGGUUUUUCAAGAAUAAACGCAUUGUACUCUAUGACACAUUGAUUCAGCAGUGUAGCAAUGAGGAUGAGAUAGUUUCUGUUAUUGCACAUGAACUUGGGCACUGGAAACUCAAUCAUACUGUCUAUUCCUUUGUAGCUGUCCAGCUGCUUAUGUUUCUUCAAUUUGGAGGAUAUACUCUAGUGAGGAACUCCAAAGAUCUAUUUGAAAGUUUUGGCUUCGAGGACCAGCCAAUAAUAAUUGGAUUGAUCAUUUUCCAGCACACCAUAAUACCCAUCCAGCACCUUCUGAGCUUCUGCCUGAACCUUGUCAGCAGAGCAUUUGAAUUCCAGGCUGAUGCCUUUGCCAAGAACCUUGGAUAUGCCCCUCAGCUCCGAGCGGCCCUUGUUAAACUACAGGAGGAGAACUUGUCUGCGAUGAACACCGAUCCUUGGUAUUCGGCAUAUCACUACUCCCACCCACCUCUCGUCGAAAGGCUGCAAGCUCUUGAAGAUUCAGACAGCAAAAAAGAAGACUAAUCCUAACCGGCAGCCAGAGCUGCUGUUCCUGAAGGGCCAAAGCCUUUGAUCUUGUAUGAGACUAUGAGGUUUCCAUAUAUAUGUCCCUGCCGUGCGCAAGGGGCACUGAUUCAGUGGUUGAAUGUUGAGGGUUUCGAUACAUGAGAGUGUUGUCAAAGCUAUGAAGCGUCCAGCUUGUGUAGCAGUCUAUCGGUUAGUGAGAAAUAUAAGCAAAUCAGCUAGUAUUCAAAACUGAUGCAUCUUUCUGAGUUACUGUGCA